CCUCUUCUCCCCCGACAAGCCCCCCCAAGCCACCGACUCUCUCCCUCUUGAAAACCCGGUGAGAUCUUGAUGAAAUUUCUCUUCUUUUCUUGUUAAAUCACAAGAUAUGGGGCUUAGAAUCUUCCCUCUCAACCCAGAAAAUCUCGGUUCUGCUCUGUUCUUCUCCCCUGUUCGCCGGCUGCUAUGGGGGUGUGAGAUUUUGGAGCUUUUUCUGCCCGUGAGCCCCUCUGCAGAAAUGCCGCCGGCUUCUUCUCCCUGCCAGCUCCGGUUUGCUUGCUGGAAUUCUGGAAGCGAAACCGAGGACGGAGAAACCACGGGAAGUGACGAGUUAGAAGGCUAGCCAUUUCGAGAUUGAUAUAGAUUUUAGAAAUAAAUCAUGUUUUUUUGUAAGAUAGAUUUUACCUUGAGAUCUUAAGUUUAAGUCAUGUUGGACAUAGAAUUAUUGAAAUAUUUGAUUUAAGUUAUUGGAUUGUCAGAUGUGAAUUGGAUAAGUUCCAAGUCUUGUGCAUUUGUGGGACCCUCUUACGAGUGCCUCGAAUUUGGGUUUUGGGGCGUGACAACAUUAUUAGGACUUUCAUCUAUAUUUGUGGUUUUAUAAUCCCUCUCAACUAUAUGUUUUAUAAUUUUUAACAAUGGUACUUCUUUAAUAAAUGAAUUGAGAGAAU